AGUGAAGCGAAUCGAUACAAAGUGUAACGUGACGCUGCUUUGUGGCUAUUAUAGAAAUGGGGAUUGGUGCCAUUUUUCGAAGAUUGUCCUUCUGGUGUUUCGAUUCUACCAGAGUUUUCCAUGGGAAUUGCAACAGAAGUUUCUCAGUGUCCAUGGAGCUUCGAAAUCGCGAAGCUUUGAUAUGUAAUCACUUAUUGAACCGAAGUCUCGACGAGGCCCGUGAGGUUUUCAAUCAGGUUACAUCUCCUCAUGUAAGUCUUUACACGAAGAUGAUCUCUGGGUACACUAGGAACAAUAGAUUAGUCGAUGCGUUGAAUCUGUUUGAUAAGAUGCCUGUGAGAGAUGUUGUCUCGUGGAACUCGAUGAUCAGUGGUUGUGUGGAGUGUGGAGACAUGGAGACUGCAGUGAAGCUGUUCGAUGAAAUGCCCGAGAGAAGCGUUGUUUCGUGGACGGCGAUGAUGAAUGGGUGUUUUAGGUCCGGUAAGGUCGAUCAAGCGGAGAGAUUGUUUUAUCAAAUGCCUGUGAAAGAUAUUGCAGCGUGGAACGCGAUGGUCCAUGGGUAUUUACAGUUUGGUGAAGUUGACGAUGCCUUAAAGUUGUUUAAGCAAAUGCCUCGGAAGAAUGUGAUUUCAUGGACGACCAUGAUCUGUGGGUUAGACCAGAAUGAGAGGAGUCGAGAAGCUCUCGUUUUGUUCAAGAACAUGUUGAGUUGCUGCAUAAAGUCGACUUCAAGAACAUUCGCUUGUGUGAUCACAGCCUGUGCAACUGCUCCAGCGUUUCAUAUGGGUACACAAGUUCAUGGCUUCAUCAUCAAGUCGGGGUUUUUAUAUGAGGAAUAUGUGUCUGCUUCGCUCAUAACGUUUUAUGCAAACUGCAAGAGAACAGAGGAUUCUCGGAAGGUGUUUGACGAGAAGGUUCAUGAACAAGUUGCUGUGUGGACUGCUCUAUUGUCAGGGUAUAGUCUAAACAGAAAGCAUGAAGAUGCGCUAAGUGUUUUCUCCGAGAUGUUGAGAAACAGUAUUUUACCAAAUCAAUCAACAUUUGCCAGCGGAUUAAACUCUUGCUCUGCUUUGGGAACAUUGGAUUGGGGUAAGGAGAUGCAUGGCGUUGCAGUGAAACUUGGUUUAGGAACUGAUGCCUUUGUAGGUAAUUCUCUCGUUGUCAUGUACAGUGACUGUGGAAAUGCAAACGAUGCUGUGUCGGUGUUCACAGACAUCUUGAAGAAGAGCAUUGUCUCGUGGAAUUCUAUAAUUGUUGGCUGCGCGCAGCACGGGCGUGGUAAAUGGGCUUUAGUCAUAUUUGGUCAUAUGAUUCGCUUAAACGAAGAGCCAGAUGAGAUCACUUUCACUGGCUUGCUCUCUGCCUGUAGUCAUUGUGGGUUUCUACAGAAAGGAAGAAAGCUGUUUGAGUACAUGUCAAGCGGACCAAAUCAUAUCGAUAGAAAGAUUCAACACUACACUUGUAUGGUAGAUAUCUUGGGAAGAAGCGGGGAACUGAAAGAAGCAGAAGAACUUAUCGAGAGCAUGCUUGUGAAACCUAAUGAAAUGGUUUGGCUGGCUUUACUCAGUGCUUGUAGAAUGCAUUCUGAUGUAGACAGAGCCGAGAAAGCUGCUGCUGCCAUUUUUAAGCUGGACUCAAAAUCAAGCGCUGCUUAUGUGUUGUUGUCGAAUAUAUAUGCUUCUGCUGGUAGAUGGUCGAACGUAUCGAAAUUGAGAGUAAAGAUGAAGCAGAAGGGUAUAAUGAAGAAACCGGGGAGCAGUUGGGUUGUGCUUAAAGGGAAAAAGCAUGAGUUUUUCUCUGGUGAUCGACCAGAUAGCUUGGGAAUUUAUGAAAAGUUGGAAUUUCUGAGAGACAAGUUGAAGGAACUUGGCUAUGUUCCUGAUUAUAGAUCUGCUUUACAUGAUGUUGAAGACGAACAGAAAGAAGAGAUGUUGUGGUAUCACAGUGAGAGACUUGCUAUCGCGUUUGCGUUGGCUAAUACCAUUGAAGGAAGUACAGUCACAGUGAUGAAGAAUCUACGGGUUUGUGAAGAUUGUCACGCAGUGACUAAGCUGAUCUCAAGAGUUGUGGGACGUGAGAUUGUUUUAAGGGAUUCGUCUCGGUUCCAUCAUUUUAAGGAUGGGGCAUGUUCUUGUGGGGAUUAUUGGUAGAAUAGUGGCUUAAGAAGUUCAAACUUUGACAUGUGAUGUGAGAAGCUCAGGUCAAAAAUCUUAUCUUGAAAAGAAAAAAGGUCAAAUGGUAAUAGAAAGAUAAGAGAAUCCUAAACAGGGUUGUGACUUGUGUGGCGGUGACACUCGUUUGAUAGUCACUACGAUGCUGGUGCUAAGUUAUAUCAUAUCUAGUUUUUCAUUACGACCGCAGAGACUUGGGAAAGCCCUUUGAGAACAAAACAGAGGAUGAGAUACAAGUAUGGUGGCAAGCCUUGACCAAUGUAGCACAUAUUCUCGAAAUUGAAUAUCAGUCACCACCUCUCUCACUUUGUCUAUGGCUGUCUCACCAUCUUAUUCUUCCUCUUCUCGCACUUGGGUGUAUGAUGUUUUCCCGAGCUUCAGCGGGGAAGACGUUCGUGUAACUUUCCUCAGCCACUUUCUGAAGGAGCUUGAUCAAAAGUUGAUCAUUGCUUUCAAAGACAACGAGAUCGAGAGAAGCCGAUCACUGGAUCCCGAGCUGAAACAGGCCAUUAAAAAUUCGAGGAUCGCGGUGGUGGUCUUCUCCAAAAACUAUGCCUCUUCAAGCUGGUGUCUUAACGAAUUGCUGGAGAUAGUGAAGUGCAAGGAUGAUUGUGGUCAAAUGGUGAUACCUGUUUUCUACGGUUUGGAUCCUUCUCAUGUGAGGAAACAAACCGGAGACUUUGGAAAGAUCUUUGGAGAGACAUGCCACAAUAAAACAGAGGAAGUGAAAACUCAAUGGAGGGAAGCUUUGACCAAUGUUGCUAAUAUCCUCGGAUAUCAUUCAGUGAUUUGGGGCAACGAAGCAAAAAUGAUUGAAGAAAUUGCCAAUAAUGUUUUGGCUAAACUACUUUUAACUCCAUCGAAGGAUUCUGCGGACUAUGCCGGCAUCGAAGAUCAUAUCGCAAAAAUGAUUGAAUUGUUGCAGUUGGAAUCUGAGGAAGUGAGGAUGGUUGGUUUAUGGGGUUCCUCAGGCAUUGGCAAGACUACGAUUGCAAGAGUUCUGUUUAAUCGACUUUCUCGUCACUUUCAAGGUAGCAUAUUCAUAGACAAGGGUUUUUUAUCCAAGAGUAUGGAGACUUAUAAUAAUGCCAAUCCAGACGACUACAACAUGAAGCUGUAUUUGCAAAGAAAAUUCCUUUCUAAAUUAUUGGGGAAGAAGGAAAUACAUAUAGAUCAACUAGGUGCAGUGGGCGAGAGGCUAAAGCACCACAAAGUUCUUAUUUUCAUUGAUGAUUUGGAUGAUCAAGUGGUGCUAGAUGCCUUGGUGCGUGAAUCUCAAUGGUUUGGAUGUGGGAGCAGAAUCGUCGCGGUUACAAAUGAUAGGCAUUUUUUAAGGGCUCAUGGGAUUGAACACAUUUACGAGGUCUGUCUCCCAUCUGGAAAGCUCGCUCGAGAGAUGUUAUGUCGAUCUGCUUUCAGGAAAGCCUCUCCACCUGAAGGCUUUGAGAAGCUUGCUGAUGAAGUUGCAAGGCUUGCGGCUAAACUUCCUUUAGGUCUUAAUGUUUUGGGUUCAUCUCUACGGGGUAGGGAUAAGGAGUACUGGAUGGAUUUGUUGCCAAGGCUUCAGAAUGGUUUAGAUGGGAAAAUCGAGAGAACAUUGAGAGUCAGCUAUGAUGGAUUAUGUAGCGAAGAUAAAGCGAUAUUUCGUCACAUCGCAUGUCUUUUCAAUGGUGCGGGAAUCACAUACAUCAAGUUGUUCCUCGCAGACAGUAACUUGGGUGUUAAUGUUGGGCUGAAAAGCCUAGCUGAUAAGUCACUCAUUCAUGUAAGGCGCGGUAAGGUGGAGAUGCACCGUUUGCUACAAGAAAUGGGUAGAAGUAUUGUUCGUCUUGACGAGCCUGAGAAACGGGAAUUUCUAAUGGAUUCAAAAGAUAUCUGUGAUGUACUAAAUGAUGGCACUGGUACUAAAAAGAUUUUAGGUAUAUCAUUGAAUAUUAAUGAGAUUGACGAGUUGCAUGUACAUGAGAGUGCCUUCAAAGGGAUGCGUGAUCUGCGUUUCCUAGAGAUUAAGGGAACAACACCAGGCAAAUUGCACUUACCCGAAAACUUGGACUAUUUUCCCUCCACACUCAGGUUAUUGUGUUGGCCCGAAUAUCCAAUGAGAUGUAUGCCUUCUAAGUUUCGUCCUGAAUACCUUGUCAAGCUCGACAUGCCGCAUAGCAAGCUCGAGAAGCUUUGGGAAGGGGUUGUGUACGAAACUAUGGGAAGGAGUGCAGACUGCAAGGCAUUGACUAGAGCUAGCUGGAAUGAUAGUCCAAGUGUGGUGAAUUAUGCCCCAACAGGAGUCGAUAUCAAUUUCACCAACUGCUUCAACUUGGAUCAAGAAGCUCUGUUUCAACAGAAAACAUAUUGUCGUUAUAAAGUGAGGUUGCCAGGUGAAGAAGUGCCAUCAUAUUUCACUCACCGAACUACUGGAACCUCCACUCUAACCAUCCCUCUACUUCACAGCUCUCUCUCACAACCAUUCCUCAGAUUCAGGGUUUGCGUUGCGUUUGAUUGCGAUAAGAAGUGCUAUCAUAACUAUGCUUAUUUUCAUUUCAAAGGCAGAUUUUGGAACAACUUUGAUUCCUUUGGUCAGCCACAGGACUUCUGUGCAGACACGAAGACGUACGGCACCUGGACAAAUAAGAAGGAUAAUCGUGUGUUUAUAACGGACUGUAGUAUCCCUCUAAGCAAAGACAGUGCUAUCCGAGCUGAAAUGAACUUCAGUCAUGUGGAUUUGCAGAUUCAUGUUCCUAAUUGUAGUCACUCUUCGUACCAAUGGGAAUGGGGUGUACGAGUCUUAGAGGGCAGUUCAUCAGCCGAUGAAGACAAUAUGCUUGAUGAGGCGGAACAAGUAGAAUUGGAAAGCAAAGAUGCAGUGGCCUUGCUUAGACUUCGAUCCAUAUUGGAAGGGACAUUGACUGAAGUCCUGCCCAUUAAGGUUAACGGCAGCAUGUCCAUGACUUAUAAUAGCUACCAUCCACACGAUGUGGCUCGUGCUGCCAAUCUUCGUCUGGAUGGUGCUGUUCUUGGUAAAAGUUUGCAGCCUUACGAGUCUCAUAUUCCUUUUAUUCUCCAGUUUCUGAUUGACUAUAAUUUGUAUGGAAUGGGUCAUGUGCAUAUAUCAAAGAUGAAGUUCCGUAGUCCAGUACCUCACCAUUUCCGUCCAAGGAGAUUUGGUUCUGAUGAUUGUGUGGGACAAGGGAUUGACGAAGUGGCUAGCACAAAGGCAGAUUCAAGUGCUGCUGCAAGCGUCAGUUUCCCUGUUUGGAGCUUGUCAACAAUCCCAGGUCAAUGGAUGUGGAAUCUUUUUGAAGGAUCUGAUACACCUUUGAGCCAAAGCCAGCAUAGCCACCAUUACAGACGUCAGAGUCUCUGUGAACUUGAGGGAGAUGCUUCUUCUUCUUCUUUGGGAGUUACAAACUAUAACUGUAAAACUCUGACUGCUACUGAUACAAGCACUCAUGGAGAUUUCUCUGUGCCUCGCCGACCUACUGAGAAAGUUUCCCCUCCCUUGGAUUACUCUCACAAGCUUCCAGCUCGAGAGGUAAUGGUGACGGAUCUGCACGAUAACAAGUGGAAGUUCUGGCAUAUUUUCCGAGGCCAACCAAAGGGACACCUCCUUAAUACAUGUUGGAGCGUGUUUGUGAAUACUAAAAGGCUUGUCACUAGUGAUUCUGUGCAUUUCAUCUGGAACGAUAAGAAUCAGUUACUUCUUGGUAUAAGACGAGCCAGCCGGCCACAAACUGUCAUGCUUUCAUCUGUUUUGUUAACUGACAGUAUGCAUUUAAGCCUUCUUACUGCUGCAGCUCAUGCAGCUGCUACAAACAGCCGAUUCACCAUCUCCUAUAACCCGAGGGCGAGUCCAUCAGAGUUUGUAAUACCUCUAGCUAAGUACGUGAAAGCGGUUUAUCACACUUGUGUCUCUGUUGCUGAAUGUCCUAAAGAAUCUUUAUUUAAUGUCAAGUACAUGGAUACAAUAACUGGCAUUUGUGAUCUGGAUCCUACUCCUUCGACUAACUCUCAUUGGUGGUCUGUUAAGAUUCAGUUCAAAAACCAAACCUUUAUUAGAAAAUCUUUGCUCUUCUUGCAUACAUAUUGUCAUCAUCUUGAUCGCAUGAUGCAGGUUGGAUCGGAUAAGUUGACUGGAGGAGAGAGGCAACCAAGGGUCUCCUUGUGGCAGAUUGAGCCUUUAACAACAUUCCCAAUGUAUCCUUCUCCUUUUCCUCUCAGGCUGAAACGUCCAUUGCUUCCUGGUCUCCCAUCAAGAAGAUAUGCGUAUUGGUAUGAGCUCGCCGCUUAUGUUUGUGUUGUUGUCUCUGCUUUCUCCAUGGAAGAGAAUUUCAACUGUGGAAGCUUUGCGGGAAUGGCGUAGAUGUUUGGAGGACUCUAUUUCGUUCUUAGAACAGAGUUUGAUCUUGAAAAGCCUCCCUUGCAUUAAAAGCCUUCUUUUCUUAAUGUUCAUGUGAAUAUAUUUUAGGUUUAAAGAAAGUAAGAUCAGAUUUACAACAGAUAAAAGAACCAUAUAGAAUAUAUGUAUCCCGUCUUACUAUGUAUACGGUAGUAUAUGUGUGUUUGUGAUAUAAAAAUAGCUGGUCAUAAAAAAGAUCCCAUAGAGGUGAAGAGAAAAAAAAAACCUAAACGAGUUAUUUAAUAAAUAUUUUUAUAUUAUCGUCGACAACUUUCGGUUUAGAUAAAAUAUUUUCGAAUCGAACCGAACAUAACUCUUCAGUUUAUAAAAGUUGUCUUGCAUAACAU